CAUUAAGAAUAAACAUUUACAACAACAGCAAGAAUAAACUGAAUUUAUAACGCGAGAAGGAACAUUAACAACAUAAAGGAAACACACACACACACACUCACUCUGAGAUAUACUCACUGGCACACAAAUGGCGGGAAAUUUAAUAUUACCAUAUCGGAAGCUGUGCGGUACUAACAGCAACAGCAUCGCUACCACAACAACCACCACCACGACAACCACAAUGGCGACAAUCAACAAUGCGACAACGACGACGACCAUCACUACCUCUACAGCAACCACCAUCGCGACCAACAACAACAAUAAGUACAAAUGAAGAACAGGAAGAUCAACACCACUACCACCUCCAGCUCCGACCACGAUGACGACGAUGGUGACUACCAUGGUGCAGAUAGUGACGAUAAUGACGGCUUUAAGAUAAUUAAGCUCGAGGCCAGUCAGUGACCCGACAUACAUUUUAAAAUGCACGUUUCCACAAAUUAUCACUUAAUAUAGAUAGACACCCUCACAAUAAACUUAUGACUCUCUAAUUUGUCUCUACACAUGUUAUAGUUUUACCUAAUAUAAACUUGGAAACUAAUAGCAGGAAGCCAGUCCUCUACAAAAUAAACAGACUUUCUGAGGAAUCAUUUCUAGAAAUUCUUUGCUAUUUACCAAGUGUGGUAAUUUUUGUUGUUGUUGUUAAUAUAUUUACUUUAUUACUUCGUUUAGAGAUGCAGCAUCGUUAAAAAGCGAUUAAGAGUUAAAUAUUCUUAAAUAAUAAUAAAUUGUAUAGCCCAAUCUAAGUAGCAGGAUCUUUUAUUAGAUCCAUAAUGCUAACUGAGAAAUAAAAGUUUAAAGAAAUUAACGAAACAAAUCGAAUGAAGAAAACCACUAUGCAGCCUUCGGAAAUUGAUGUCGAUGGAAUUCUGAGAGCUCUGGGAGACUCUAAAUACUUUCAUACUACUCAAUACCUCAUCGUCUGCGCCUCGGCACUCACCGCUUCAGCCAACAGCUUUUUCUACAUAUUCAUAGCCACCAUUCCUGAAUACAGAUGUAAGAAUCUGACAGAGUUUCAACUCAGCCAAUACAAUAUAUCGAUCAGGGAAGAAGUGAAUCUGUCAUAUGAUAAAUGCUCUAUAGAUAUCAUCAAUACUGAUGGAGGGAUUACAAGAGAGAAUCGAACCCUGGACUGCCUUAAUGGCUAUUAUUAUACUGCACCUGUUGAUAAGUCUAUUGUGUCACAGUGGGACCUGGUCUGCAAAAACAAUGGAUUGGCUGAAUCUACCCAAACAUUUUAUAUCUUGGGCCAAGUGGUCAGUGGUCUACUGGCACCAUAUUUGAUUGAAAGAUUUGGACGGAAGCCUAUAAGGAUAUUAAGCAAUUUCUUCCUGGUGGUCUUCAACUUACUCUCUGCGUUUACGCCGUUUUAUUGGUUGUUCGCAGCAGCGAGAUUUUUCACUGGAGUACUACGAGAGGUAUUUGUUCUGAGUUCCGUAACUCUGGCGUGUGAGUUAUACCCGAAGGAAAAACGUAUCGUUAUGACUGGUAUAUUUAUGUUUAUCUGGAGCAUGCUAAGUUGUUUACUUGGGUUGAUAGCCUAUCUUUUCAAGGAUUACAGUUGGAACACGUUAUUUUUAUUUAACGCUGUUGUAUCAGGAUAUUUCUUAGUAGACUUAUUGUUCAUGGAAGAAUCUCUCCGAUGGUUAUUUGCAAAUUCGAAAAUAAAAGCUGCAGAGGAUAUUCUCAAAAAGGCAGCAAGACAAAACAAAAUUGAUUUUGAUAAUGUCUGGAAUAUAACUUUAAAAGAUGCCUCAAAACAACAAGUAGAUAGCCAUGUGAACGAAGCAAGUCAUGAGAGCCAAAACCGUGGGACAAUCAGCCCGAUAGAUGACACAGCGACCACAAUUGUUGAGGAUAAACAACCAAACAUUGAAAAGGAAACCUCUACGUUUGCCAAGUUACUUGCUGUCUUUAAAUUACCCUAUUUGAGGAAAAUUACUAUCGUUGUCUCUAUAGAAUGUGCGGUAAAUAUGACAUCACUGACCAGUAUAAUACUAAUGCUGGACACACUGGUCGGAAGUGUUUACCUCAACUCUACCAUAAUGUUUUUUGUUGAUGGUAUUUCUUCAUUUAUUUAUACUACAUUGGCUAAAAGAUACGGACACAAUAAGGCUCUUCAAACUACAAAGUUAUUCACUGCCAUCUGUAUGAUUUCUGCAGCCUUGAUAAAAUUACUGGCAGAGAACAGUCAAACAAUGGAUUACAUCUUUCUGGGAUUGUAUACUUUGGCUCUUUCUGGACUGAGUGCUGCUGUUAAUGGUGACUACAUCUACAUCUCGGAAUUGUUUCCUACGGAAAUACGAAGCGCUGGAAAUGGUUUUGCUACGACUUUCAUGCGGAUUGUAUGCACAGCAGCGCCUUUCUUCAAACUAUUGGCUUUGGCUUUUCCAUGGGUUCCUGGUAUUAUUAUAGGACUCGGAUGCAUAGUUUCUUCAAUUAUUAUUCGAGUAUUUUUACCGGAAACUGGAAACCGCGUUUUACCGCAGACAAUCGAAGAAGUUAACAGAACAGAAGAACAUAAUACGAAGAAACUAAAUAAAAUCGAAAAUGCAUCGUAAAAAAAAAGAUCAUCAUAGGAAUUAGGGCGGUUGGAAUCGGCAAGAUUAAAUUCAUUAAAAACUCAGAAUGCUAUUGUUAUGUUGGUGUGAUGUUUUGAGGAAGGUCUUUGAGAGUUAAUAAAGAAAACAUAGAGCGGCGAGGUGGCAGAACGUUUAGCACCCCAGGAAAAAUGCUCAAUGGCAUUUCGUCCGGCUUUACAUUCUGAGAUGAAAUUCCACCAAGGUCGAUUUAGCGUUUCAUCUUUUCGAGGUUGAUAAAACUUCGAGAAGUGGGAUCGAUGCACUCGACGUAACCCCUGCUCCGUAAUUGCUGGCUUUGUGCCAACAUUUUAAACCAGUAUCAACGAACACAAUUAAUUGCUAUCGUUGCUAUCGUUGACAGAUAAUCUAUUAUGUAUUUAAAAACUUAGAUUAUAGUACUUUCUCUCAAGAGAAAAUAUAACUCUUCAGGCGAAGUGCUUGAUAAAUUAUUUUCUUCACUUUUACUUUUACCAAAUAACUUUCUACCACUUCUUUAUUUAUUAAUUAAUUUAUUAAUUCAUUUACUUUAACAAAUUAAUUGAUUUAUUAAUAAAAUACCUUUAAAUACUAUCUAUAUAUAA